AAGAUAACACAAAGACACAGUCCCUUUCUCCCAGUCAAGGCAAUGUCCAGGGGGCUGACGAGUCCAAAAGCCUCUCGAAGCCAUCUGAUCUGAAUUCCAAAGGAGAAGGAACUAGACACAGAGAACGAUGAGCUUCCAGGGGCCCAUAGUCUAGUCUGAAAAUACUGACUUUUGCUAGACUUCCUGGUGGUUGCUUUUUGCUUGGUCAGAAUGUCGGAAUCUUCCAAGGAGAGCUCAGGGACUUGUGGGGAGGCUGGGAAACGGAGGCUGCCCGUGACUGGCAGGAGUUGCUUAAACACCAUGGACAAAAAAUUGAAUGUACUCAAUGAAAAGGUAGAUAAACUCUUGAAUUUCCAAGAAGAUGUAUCAGGAAAACUAGAGAGCAUGUAUCGAGGCAUUGGCGACCUAGAACGGGGCAUCAGCAAGAUUGCAGCUGCUUCAAAAACAGAUCUUCCCUGGGAUCAAGCCCAGGUUCAGACAGGAUGCCCCGAGAUGCUAGAGAUGGUGAGGGCUGUGCAACGCGACACUUCCCGACAUAGCACAAUGCUUGAAGGGUUGGUCAAGAUGGUCACUGCAGUGGAUAAAGCCAUGACAUUGAUUGGAAUGAUUUUCCAGAACUCUAAACUGGUGGAUUUCAUUGUGCAAGGGAGCAAUCCCUGGAGGAAAGGGAGCCUGGCUGAUGCUGAGAUUCUGGAGGAGAACAAGGAGAAAGCUGAGGAGAAGGGGGCUAAACCAAAGCACGCCCUUAGUACUCGAGGAGUGCAGGCUGAGAUCAGGAGGCCUUUGGAAGAAAGCCAAAAGGCAGAGUCCUUGGAAGGGAAGAACCAGAAGCUGCCCUCAGGGACCCUUCAAGAUUCUGCAGUUAACUCAGAUUCUCUCAGAGGGGAAGGAGCUUCCCUAAGGCAGAAAGAUGGAGAUUCUGGCCCAACCUCCAGUCAAAGACCUCUUGACUGUCCUCUGUCAUCCAAAGACACAGUAUCAAAAGACCCUGUGAAAGCCAGUGCCAUCACCCUUGGGCAUCCAGAUUGGACAGCAGUAUCACAAGGGAACAGUGAAGUCUCCCAGGGUCAGGUGGAACCUGGAAGAGUAGAACAAGGAGAUAUGCCUGGCCAGUUUGCUUCUUGGUCAUCAGAGAAGGUGGCAAAGCCAGGUCCAAGUUCCAGCACUGAGGUCCUAGGAGCCUUGCCCCAGCCCAUGGGAGCUCAGGGUGGAGGGAUGCCUCCAAGGUUGUCCAUCCAUGUGCAGGAGACAGAUACUCCUGGGGAGAUGUUGGUGAGCCGGGCAGGAGACUCUUCAGAGAAGAUCCUUAGACCCAAAGCCUUGGCAUCAUUGUCCUCUGAAGGGGAAGGAAGCCCAUGUGGGCAGGAUAUAUGGGUGCCCAUAGGCUGUUUCCAGCCCUCCAGAACUGAUCCCACUUUGACAGACCUUGAAGGAAAGUCUGGGGAGAUGGGACAGAGCCAGCAUGACCUACAAGGCAAGGAGAGGGGUGCCUUCCUCCUUGGGACGAAUGACCAGAAAACAGCAGUUAAAUCUGAGUCAGAAGGUGAGCUAGCAAUGGAACAUAGCACUGCCCAGAAGGAUGGGGAAAGAUGCCACUGGACUCAGGUGAACAAGAGAGAAGCCCAGGAAAUGGAACCCAGGAGUCUGAAAACACAGGAGCAGCAGCAGAGGGAGAAGCCACAGCUUUGGGAACAAGUGGGCCCUGCUGAGAAGGCAGGAGGCCUGGUGCUGGAUGACAGCCCGGCCCCCCCAGCCCCUUUCGAGCACCGGAUAGUGAGUGUCAAGGAAGUCCCGAUCACCACAGGGUACAUCGUGUGCCAGCAUGAAGUCUUGGGAGGGGGACGGUUUGGUCAAGUUCACAAAUGUACCGAGAAGUCUACUGGUCUCUGCCUUGCAGCCAAGAUCAUCAAAGUAAAGAGUGCCAAGGACCGGGAGGAAGUGAAGAAUGAAAUCAACAUCAUGAACCAGCUCAGCCACGUGAAUCUGAUCCAGCUCUAUGAUGCCUUUGAGAGCAAAAACAGUUUCACUUUGGUCAUGGAAUACGUUGAUGGUGGAGAGCUUUUUGAUCGGAUCACAGAUGAAAAAUACCAUUUGACAGAGCUGGAUGCUGUCCUCUUCACCAGACAGAUCUGUGAGGGUCUCCACUACCUGCACCAGCAUUACAUUCUGCACCUGGACCUUAAGCCGGAGAACAUACUAUGUGUAAAUCAGAUGGGAAACCAAAUUAAAAUCAUCGACUUUGGGCUGGCCAGAAGGUACAAGCCCCGAGAGAAGCUGAAAGUGAACUUCGGCACCCCAGAAUUUCUGGCCCCUGAAGUGGUGAACUAUGAUUUUGUCUCCUUUCCCACUGACAUGUGGAGUGUGGGUGUCAUCACAUACAUGCUGCUCAGUGGCUUGUCUCCAUUUCUGGGGGAAACAGAUGCUGAGACAAUGAAUUACAUUGUCAACUGUAGCUGGGAUUUUGACGCUGAGGCCUUUGAAGGGCUGAUGGAAGAGGCCAAAGAUUUCAUUUCUAGGCUGCUGAUUAAGGAGAAGAGUUGUAGAAUGAGUGCUGCACAAUGUCUGAAACAUGAGUGGUUGAAUAAUCUGCCGACCAAAGCCACAAAAUCUAAAGUUCGGCUCAAGUCCCAGAUACUGCUACGGAAAUACAUGGCUCAAAGAAAAUGGAAAAAACACUUCUACGCAGUGACUGCUGCCAACAGACUUAGGAAGAUUCCAAGUUGUCCCCAAACCUCAUCUAUGCUGCUUUGAAAGUUCUGCAGUACUUAGAGCUAGAGAUGAAGCUAAGACAGAGAACUCUUUGUCUAGUGAUCUGGCCCUUUGCUAUUACAGUAUUUGAUUUCCUGUUUUUAAAUCAUGUAAGUAAUGUUAUGACUAUGGCUUGUCUUAAAUAUGGAUGUGAACUUGCUAUGUAAGAAUUGCCUUAAAAACUUUAUCAGGUGAUGACAGUAGGCAUGCUUUAAAAUAAAGAUGGAUUGGGGAGAUCUGAUCUUAUUUUAGGAGUGUGACUAAUUUCAAUUUUUAAUUUGUUCUGAGUAACAGUUACAGUAGCAUGUGGCACCAGAGCAGGCCUUUCAGUAUUAUUUUCUACAGUAAAAAGGUGGAGGAUUUAUUGUUUUGGAUGUUUAGGUGAUAAUGGAAUCACAAAGUCUCGAAGCAGGGGUUCUUAACCUUUUUUGGGGUCAGGAACCCUCUUUGGGAGUUUGGUGAAGCCCUGAGACCCAUUCUCAGAACAAUGCUUUUAUGCAUUAAUAUGUAUGAUUCCAGAUAAAACCAAUGAUAGUGAAAGUUAAUGAAAUUUUUUUUUUUAAAGUUUAAGGACCUCAGGUUAAGAAGCUAUGCUUUAGAGUAUAACAGCAUUAGUUUAGAUAAACUAUGAGAACUGGUACUGAAAACUAAGGAAUAGUUUGUUUUACAUAGUAUUUUUCCAAAGGAAUGGAGUUGAUUGCUGCUUAAUUUUUACAUAGAAGUAGAAAGUAAUUUCCCCAUAAAAUAGUGGAGACACGUUCUGAUACAGUUCUUUAUAUGCUUAGAAUUUAACAUACACACAUAUGGAGGGAGGGAAGGAGAGGGAGACAGAGGGAGAGAGAUAAACAGUAAGUGAUCUAAAUGGAUUUUAACUCAAUUUUUGCCAUACCAUCCUAAAUCUGAGCUCAGCAACCAUUUUGGAUAAUUAGAGGUAACUUCUCAGGAACUCUCUCCCAAACUUGUAAGACUAAACCUAUAGUAUAGCCUCUAGCUACUAAAGAGCUGUCAAUAAAAUAAGACAGGAUUGGCUAAACUAUAAUAAAGGUAGAGCCAAUAGGGUAGAUUUUGGAUCAGUAUAAAUGAAUAAUUUUUCAACAAUGGAAUCGGUUGUCUUGCAAAUGAGAGCCAGCCUUGGGCCAAGAGGACCUGGUUUCCAGUCCUGCCUCUAACAUAUUGGCUGAACUCUGAGCAAAUCAUUUAACCUUUCACAGCUCUUGGCAACCAUAUUAGACUCAAGAUGCAGAAAGGCUGCCAACAUGCAUUGGUAGAGGAAUUUCUGGCAAUUCCUUACAUCACUGAAAUGACACUUUAAGGGCCUAUCUUGAUCAAGCCUGUAAUUUCCUUUUAUUUUUCUAACUCAAAGCUUUAGAACAGUCCUCAUUUCUCAUCACAUAUCAUAAACAAAUUUUGGGGGUUUUGGAUUUUCUAGCAACUUGACUAGAACCGUACUAUUUUGAACAGGAAAUUUUCUACAUGGGAAUAGUAAGGUCAUAACCAAAAUUAAGAAUGCAAAGCAAAUCUAAGCCCCAUUUAAAAGAGAAGAAUCUUUCAUGCAUUUCAGAUCAAUAACACUAUAACUUUAUUCUAAGAAAAGUUCAUGCCUAUUUUUAAAGGUGUUUCAUUAAAGUAAAAAAAUAAAUAAAACAACCCAAGCCCAGAAACACAAAACUGCCUUGAGGAUAGAUAAUGAGCAUUAAUAGAAUAAAUGUCAGGUCUUUGUUGGUAUCUUUUUAUUCCUAUCAGUUGUUUCCCUUUCAAGUCUAAGUAGGAAAGCAAGUAUUUUACUGCCUGCAGAUGCUGGUGCUUUUGCCUGCUAAAGGACUUUCCUUCCUUAACGCAGGGAAUUGCUUUUCUCAGCUUGAGCAUAACCAUUAGUAUUUUUAGGAAACUAAUUUUAUAAAUUUCACUUGUAGGUACAAGGAUAAUCAUGUCAUCAGCUGUAGAGUUAAUAUUUUUGUCUUAUAUUACUAACCUUGUCCUGCUCAAAUGCUCUUUGUGAUUUUUUAAAAAUCUAAAAUUCUUUAAAGUGCUUUUAGUUGAUGCAGGCUAUUUUGCAAAACUAGAGUGUCCCCAAGGGGACAUAGCGUAAUAGAAUGUGGGGCUUGGAUGUUGGAAGACUUGGUUCAAAUUCUGACCGACACAUCCUUGCAUUUGUGACUGUGGACAAAUCCCUUAACUUUUCAGGGCUACAAUGAGUGGAUCAUCUGUUUUAGGGAAUGGGAGCUUCUAUAUCAAGAGUUCAUAAGCCAUAAAAUCACAGGUCUAGAGCAAACCAACCAUCCACAUACCCACCCUAACGUGUCUAGUAAUAAAGUAGAAUUUCAGAAAUUGGAUACAGCAGUUUUGUGUUUUACUCUUUGAAUGCAUGUAAUUAGAAGGUAACCAAACUAAAUUUCUAUCUGGUACCACUUCCCAGACCUCCUGGCAACUUUUCACCUUCUAUGAAGGCUAAGUUCCAUAGGUUUGUUUUUAAUCUCUCAAGUUUGUAAAUAUCUGAAGCUUAAGCACAAAUAAAUUUUGGUUAAAUUCUUGA